AUUCCAGUGGUCGUCGGAUCGGAUUAUCAUUCCAAUCACAUUAUCAAAUACGAUAGUAUUAAGGACUUAGUAUAAAAUUGAAAUUCAAAAGUAGAGAGGGAGAGAGGUGGGACAAGAAUUCCAGCUUCUUCCUCUUCUUCUUCAAGAAGGGAUUAUGUUUAUACUCUGGGUUUUAUUCCUUUGAAUCUUUGCUUCGCAAUGAGCGAGCUUUUGAAACCAGAUUUGUAUAUUCCAUUUAUUCAUCUAUCAUUUGGAAUUUGAAAUUGUUGAGUUCUAUACUUCUAUUGAGUCCAACUUUCAAGUGUGGAGGAUUCAGGGAACUCUGUUGGUUGGAUUUUUCUUUUAAAAAGAUCGUUCAUUUACAUUCGCCGCGGCUUUGAAUGGAGAAAAGUGAGAAAGGGGAUUUCCCUCCAAAAAAGGCUCAAUUGGAGGCGCCUUUGACGGCGGCUGCAGCAACGCUACCUGCGGAAGCUGAUUUACCGACGAAGAAGCUCGCGAGGCAGCUGGAUUUCGCGCCGUCUGGUGACGGCGAUGGAGGGGUAUGUAGGACUGUAUCGGUGGCCAUUUUUCCGGAGCAUUCUCAGCCGAUAGUUCCGCAUACCCUGUUGACUGUGAAGCAAGGCCAGCCUCCACAAUCACAAUUGCCGCCACAUUUACAGUCACUGCAACAAUUUUUUUCGGUGCCUAUGCAGCAGCCUUCAUCGCCAUAUGCUAAUCCUUCAGUACGGCCUCUGAAACCAGAAUCCCCGAGAGUUAGGCAUAGGCAAAGUACUGGCGAAACAAAGGAUGGAACUCCAAAGAGGAAAAAGCAAUGCAACUGCAAACACUCUCGGUGUUUGAAAUUAUACUGUGAAUGCUUUGCGUCUGGCAUAUAUUGUGAUGGGUGUAACUGCGAAAAUUGUCACAACAAUGUUGAAAAUGAAGCUGCCAGACGAGAAGCUGUUGAAGCUACUUUGGAUCGCAAUUUAAAAGCAUUCAGACCUAAAAUUGCUAGCAGUCCUAAUGGAGUUCGGGACAUUAAGGAGGAAGCUGGGGAUUGUUUGGUCUUGGCAAAGCAUAAUAAAGGAUGCCGUUGCAAGAAAUCAGGGUGCCUUAAAAAGUAUUGUGAAUGUUUCCAAGCCAACAUUCUUUGUUCAGAAAAUUGCAAAUGCAUGCACUGCAAAAAUGUUGAAGGGAGUGAAGAGAGGCAGGCACUCUUCCGUGGAGAGAAUCCCAACAGCUUGGCAUAUCUUCAGCGGGCAAAUGUUGUUAUAACUGGUGCCAUUGGAACCUCUGGUUUUGGAUCUCCUCCCGUAGCAAAGAAAAGAGAAGUCCAUGAGUUAUUUACUGGCUCAACAAUGAAAUUUCCUAUUGAUGCAUUCGCGCAGUUCCCGCAGAGCAACCAAAGUAAAGGUCCUGUUCAACCUGCUUUAAUGCCUUCAAUUCCCAGUGCCCAAGUUGGUAGUAAUGCAGCGGCACUAGGCCCAUCAAAAUUUGCGUACAGACUGUUUGCCAAAUGACUUUGAGAAAGUUUGGUAACUACUUUCUCAUCCACACAAAAAUGAACGAACAGCUUUUGAAAGGUCCUUAUUGGCAGACAUCAUCCAACCAGAGGAUGUGAAGGAAGUUUGUUCAUUCUUGGUCUCCUGUUCAAGAGAAGCUGCUAAAAUGCUUGCAGAUGAAAAAAAUGCAAGAGGGAAGCAAGCAGAAGAGCUUAGAGAAACAAUGGUUGCCUCACCUCAGGACACAUUAGAUAAUGUAAGAGUUUCUGUGGGAAGGGCUUUACCUGAUCAAUGUUCCACCGAGAACCAUGUUGAAAAGAAAAGUGCAGAUGAUCCCAAUGUCUUUGUAGUAAGGCCAUUGUCUCCAGGAACAUUGGCACUGAUGUGUGAUGAACAGGAAACGGUGUCUUCCCAGUUGCGUCGUGGGCAAAGCAUGACGGAAGCCUAUGAAAAGCAGGAAACCAUUGUUUUGACAAAAUUUCGUGAUUGCCUCAACAGGCUUAUUGCAUUGGGAGAAAUAAAAGAAUCACGGUGUUCUUCAAUGGCACGAGGUUCAGAAUCAGAUUGCCGAAAUGGCAAUGCUGCGGAAGCACGAAACCAAAAGGAAACCUACUGCAACGGUAAGCUUGAUGACCCCUCCCCAUCUGAAGUGGUCAUUUCUGCAACACAAGACCAAAAGGUCCACCCCCCUGGAGAAAACGGUUGAGAGAUGCAUAGUUGAAACUUAAAUUGCAGAGACAAAUUUCAAUAAGAGGAAAUUGUAUUUGGGUCCUUCAGUUAUAGGAAUCUGGUGAAGUUAUACCACUUUUAACCUUUGGGUUAUUAUUUAUUACGAAAGUGGUGUCUUUAGGCCCUCAUUAGAAAAAGAAACUUGAAUUCACUAUAGCUAUUGUUUAAACAUCUAAUUUUUUAAUGUACUACAAUAACAUUGUAAAAAAUAUUAAUUUUCUA